AUGAAAAUAAGAAAGAACCGCGGUAACACGAAUGUUUAAAAAUGGUGGAUUUGCUUUUGUUUUGAAAUAAAAAAUGUGAAAAAUCCUAAUAACUGUAUGAAACAAGAUUGAAGUUUCAACUUUACAAGAAGAGAGGUUGUAAGCAAUGGAGGAGUUCAGAUACACUUACGCUAGGCUCUGUAAAGACAACCAUGUUGAACCUCAAGAAUGUGUCCUCAGCUACCUCAAGAGUUUUGAAUCUACGCUAAAACGGGGCAAAACUGUGUUAAAUCUCUCCACCAAUAGUCUUUCCCCCAAGACUUGCCAUGUUCUGGGCAAGGUUAUUGCAACUGACCGAACCUUUGUUGAAAUCAAAUUUGCUGACUGCAUGUUAAGUGAGGAUGCAGUGAAAGGUCUUUGCCACGGCCUUGCCACAAAUUCUUAUUGUAAAUUUCUUGAUUUGAAGGGCAAUAACAUUCGAGGAAGUGGAGUGGAAGCUGUGGGGAAAAUGCUCAGACAUAAUCACACUAUAGCAAGUUUAUGCUUGGAGUGGAAUGCCUUCGGAAUGUUAGAUAACUCUUUUGCCAUGUUUUGUGAUGGUGUGGGAUCUAAUGAUGCGUUACAAGCUCUGGAUCUCAGAAAUAACCAGAUCAGCCAUGAUGGGGCUGUUGAACUAGCCGCAGCAUUAAAGAGAAACCACACACUAAGAGCUUUGGAUUUGCGCUGGAACAGUGUCGGAUUGUUAGGGGGACGAGCUAUUCUGGAAAUGUUGAAAACAAACAAAACGAUUUGUAGAUUGGAAUUGGCUGGAAAUAACAUUCCAGGAGACAUCUUAAAGUCCAUUGACUUGGCUCUUAGUCAGAAUGAGGACAGGGCACUAUUGAAUGAUGACCAUAAAUCCAAACUAACAGUCAUGGCAAAACACAUGAAACAGAUUGAGCACGAUAAGAAGUUGGAGAUAAGUGAAUUAAUGGACACCAUAGAUAAGCAAGAGGACCUUAUGAGGAGAUCUAAAAGAUCAACAACCACAAAAGUUGACCAACUACAAAAUGCACUGGAAGAAAGGAAGGCUACAUUCAACUCUUUGGCUGCAAAGUUGGCUAUGACAGAGUCAGAACUUGCCCUCACAGAGCAGAAGGUCAAUGAUGGAAAUAUGCUGAUUGCCAAGCUUAAGCAGGAGCUGACCAUCAAAGUAUCUGAGCACCAGGAAGAAAUUCGGCGGGACCAUCAGGAAAGAGCUAAACUAGAAGCCAAGCUGUACAAGGAGCUGUCGGAGGCACACGACAAGAACAUACAGCUGGAGACCAAGGUCGAGGAUCUGGACAGGAAAUGUCGCAUGCAACAGGAGCAGAUAUUCGAACUCAAGGAACAAAUCACUCACCUGCAAGCUGAAAUGAAGCUCAAAGGGUCACACUUUGAUGACCGAAUACAGCAAGAGAAAAGUCGACAUAGAGAUGAGAUGAAAGAAGCAGAGCAACUCAGACAUAAAGAGGUGGCUCGAGUACGACAGGAGAGUGAGGAGACAGAGACUACUUUAAGGGAGAGAAACCAGCGUCUCGAGAUGUCUCGCUUGGAACUAGAGGAAGAAAUCAGUCGCCUGAAAAACAGCAAUAUGGUGGAGAAGAUUCAUCAUGAGGAACAACUGUCACUGGCCAAACAGAAGAUUCAGGCAGAUGAGGAGAACCGGUACAGGCAGAUGGAGGAGAAGUUACGGGUCAGCAUGACACUGAAGGAUGAGGUACAGAGUCGAUGUAACCAGCAGUCAUCAACCAUCAGUGAACUCCAGUCCAAAGUCAGCUCACUAGUGCUAGAACUCGAGAACGCAAAGAAGCGGGUGGAAGAAGCCAAUGAGCAAUUAGCAGAAAAGAACAGCAUUUCUCUGUCAGAGGUAGGAAAGGUGAGAAUAGAACUGAACCAGACUGUCAACAAACUGGAGGCCGAGAGGAAACUCCAGACAGAGCUACGGGAAAAACUGGGGGACUCUGACAGAAAAAUGUCAGAACAACUUUUGAGACACAGAGAAAUUCUAGAAGAGAAAGAGACUGAGAUCGAGAGUCUUAAGAGAAGACUGAAGGCCCGGGAGGCAGAGGUCAACAACAUCAGGGAGGAGGAAAUGCAGAGGGCCCAGGUCCUACAGAUGGCUGUGAUGAACUAUGUGGGCAAAGUCCCUCAGUCAGUGGACAAAUAGCCCCCCCCCCCCCCCAAAAAAAAAUUGUCACAUUCUUACCUUUCAAUUAAUGCAGCAUAAACUUUCAUUCUGUUCAAGGAUACAGCAGAUUUUGCACUGCUUGCAGUCUUCUUGUACUGCUUAAAACAGAAUUUAAUUAAAGACUUGAAGAUGUGAAACUUGCAGAGGGAUUUUAUGAUGAUGAAAAUAACUGAAAAUUUUCAACUUUUACUUUCAAAUCUUGUUGUUGUAUCAAGUUAAAUACUGUCAUUAUUUGAUUGCCAGUAAAGGAAGUAUAAAGAUGGAAUCCAUUGUAAAAGAAAAUUUUUGAGUUGCGAUAUACAAUAUACGUCCAUACUUUUCCUGUGACAUUGACAGCAAUAAUGAGCCACAGAGCCAAUUGUAAGGUUGUGAUCAAAGUAGGAAUGGUUGAUUUAUUUCAUUUAUGAGAGAAUACUAGAAACUACAUAUAUAUUUUGAUAUUUUUUAUAUAUUUAUAAAUAUGUGGAAUAUGCAAGGUGAAUGAAUCAAUGUAUCAAAUUAAACUUA